UCACCCAAUGCCGUCUAACCGAAGACCAUUGUUUCGUACAGUGCACAUGCUAAUCAGCUGCCUUCCUAGCUAAUUGAUCCGUUUGCUUCAGCCGCUAACUUUUCACUGUGCUGUGAAAACAUGUAUAUAUAUAUAACACCAAUUUCAGGCAACAAGAUUUUUUCUUGGAUUUCUGAGACUUGUGUUUUCUUGAUCUAAUCAGCUACCUACUUCUCACAAGCUUUACUUAAGCUUGUAGUAAAACGUAGCUAACAAUCGAUACCUACCACAUACCUCUACCUACUACAUAAAUAUCUAAUCCGAGCUUGUCGUUUUGCCAACGGCCUGAUAAUCACGACCUCACAAGCUCUGUGGUUCUUUGGUCUUUGGAAUUGACCCUUUAAUUCUACACCAAUUCCACAACUCACACCCUACCCACGUCGACGUCGAUCUACGUACCCCAAUUCCACCAUGUCUCCGUCUCGAGCUGAGUCACCUGCCCCACCCACCCUUGGGGGCUCUACACACCAGCGUCAACACAGCUUCGACUCCUACUUCUCAGACAACUCCGACAAAUCAGACAAAGAAAAGGUCAUUAUUUGCUCUCCCCUCUCGCAACUCCUCACCAGUUGCUUCAAGUCUAACAUUCCACAGACUACACAUGGAAGUAGCCGAUUCGACUACCGCCGAGCAUUCACCCACCAUCAUCAUUCGUCGGACAAACAGACCAACCCGCCCUCGAAACCGCAUUCCCCCACGGUGAAUGUGUACACCCACUGUGGUCGUCACACCGACCAAUACCUCCUUGGCGGGUGGUCCAACCUCAUCAAGGGCCCCUUCAAGAGAGAGAAAGACUAGACGACAAUUGACUUUCGACUUUCCGAUUGGAGCAUGGCGUUUUUUUGAGGCGUGUGGGGAGUGAUGCUGCGGUUUGUCGUCUGUUUGAUACAGAGCGCAUAAUGCAGCCGCAGCAUUGGGGGUUAAUUGGUUAUGACGGCGCAACAAGGCGAACUGCGUGGGACGAGAUAUGACCAAAAUAAUACCUACUUGGCUCAUCAAUUGAUCCUCUAAUUCGACGAUAAAUGAGACAUGGAUAGAUGAUUGGAGCACAAAAUUUAUUAUUUUCAUCAAAUAUCUCUUUUCCGUGAUGUAUCCGUGUCUUUCGUUCUAAUAAUCCCUUCGAUUGUCUGUACCUAACUAAGCUUUAAGGCCUCGAUACCGGACACGUCCUAAGACAUCGUGGGAGUGGGGUGCUUGACGUUACUAAGCGUUGAGCACUCCUCAUCUCUUCCCAAUAGCUUGGUGUAAUGAUAUUCUUAGGCCUUCCAUCCCAUGGUGGCCAAGCCGUAAUAUCAACCGGCUACCUACCGA